AUGAAUAGAAAAGCAUGUUAUAUUUGGGAUGAAUCUUUAGUAAAAGAAUGUGAUCGUCUACCAGCAGUCUCUUAUAGGGCUUCUAUGGUGCACAACCUCAUAAUGGCGUAUAGUCUAAAUGAUAAUUUAAAAGUCAUUCGACCCACAGCAGCAAGCUAUCAAGACUUGAAAGAAUUUCACUCAGAAUUAUAUCUUGAUCAUUUAAAGUGUUUUAUAGACAUUGAUGAAGAUUACAUAACAAAUAUUCAAGAUGAAGAGUAUGGAAUAGGAUAUGAUUGUCCCCCUGUAUCCAACAUGUAUGAAUUAGUAUCGGUGCUCGCUGGUGGUUCCAUCACUGCAGCUAAAUGUCUUUUGCUUGGUAUUUCCAAUGUUGCUAUUAAUUGGUGUGGUGGAUGGCAUCAUGCUCACAGAUUCGGAGCUGAGGGAUUUUGCUAUGUUAAUGAUAUUGUGUUAGCUAUUGAAAAGUUAAGACUGAAAUUUAAUAAAAUACUGUACAUAGAUUUGGAUGUCCAUCAUGGCAAUGGUGUACAAGAUGCUUAUAAUUUAAGUAAAUCAGUAUUUACUUUAUCUUUUCAUAAAUUCGAACCAGGUUUUUAUCCAGGCUCAGGUGGUAUAGAUGAUAUUGGUACUCAUACAGGCAAAGGUUAUAAGUGUAAUUUCCCACUUCAUGCAUUUUACACUGAUAGAACUCUAGAGUUCGCAUUUGAAAAGAUCUUCCCUUUAAUCUGCUCCAAAUUUAAACCCGAUGCUGUUGUCAUGCAGUGUGGUGCUGAUGCACUAGUAAAUGAUCCUCAUGGUGGAGCAUGCCUAACAGAACAUGGCUAUAUUAUGUGUCUACGGAAAGUGCUAGAUUUGCAAAAACCGGCAUUGCUUUUAGGAGGCGGUGGUUAUAAGCACCCAAACGCUGCUAGGCUUUGGACAAACCUUACUGCUAUAGUGUCUGGUGUAAAAUUGGAUGAAAAUAUUCCAGAACAUGAUGACUGGCCAAAAUACGGACCUGAUUAUGUAUUGCCAGUACAACCUAGUCUUACAAAAGAUUUAAAUACAGAACAGUAUCUGAAUGAAUGUAUAGCAAAAAUAAAAUGUAACCUUAAUAUGAUGGCUGCUAACAGUAACCAAUUUCUGCCAUCUAAAAGUAAAGUGGAUCUAAAACAAGAAGAGACUAAAAAUGUGAAGGAACUAGGAUCACAAAUGGAAAAUAAAACUAUUAACGAUGUAUAUGACUUCGAUGAUUAA